AAUUGGCACCUUUGGGGGAGCAGGUACCUGUCAAAUUUGGGUACCCGCUCCCAUUUCCGGUCCGAUCUCCUAGGUGAUCGGAAGGUGUCCUCCUUCCCUCCCUGUAGUCUUUUGGGACACGUGACGGGUCCCAGACUACAGGACCAUUCAUGAAGCGCAACGCUUCUCGCGCAUGCGCAGUGGGUACCCGGCUCUGAAGACGCAAGCUGUCACAGCCGGGUGCCCACACUGAAGAUGCCGGCCUCCAGGAAUACAGGACGACCGGUGAAACGGGCUGCGGAGGACACACCAAGG